AGCAGACUCGAAGAAACAUCUGCUCUUACAUAAGUUGGUUUUGUAUCGAUCGAAAUUCAGUUAACGCCGUCAUUCAAUAGAUACGUAGUACAGAAGUGAUCUGUCAGACGAUAAGAUGUUGUGGACUCGUGAAGUCGGUAGUCGCUUCCGCGAAUCAGUGUUUUGCUUGUGGCUGCUUUGCCUCGUGGCUCAUGAUGCAGCUCAUACCGACUCGUCGUUCGAGCUCUCCGUCGUGCAUUUCAGCGAUUUUCAUUCCAGAUACGUCGAGGUAGCUCCCAACGGUGGACUAUGCUACGAGAAAAGCAAAUGCGUCGGUGGUGUAGCCAGGCUUGGUUCGAUUAUAAAAAGACUCGCAUCCAUCAGGAAAAAUCCAAUAGUCCUUAACGCAGGGGACUCUUUUCAAGGAACUCUGUACUAUGAGCUGUAUCGUGGAAACAUCACAGCGCACUUUAUGAACCUUUUGCCGCACGAUGCAAUGACUCUAGGAAAUCAUGACUUCGACGACCACGUAUCGGGUCUAGUUUCUUACUUGAAGCAGUUGAAAUCACCAGUUCUGGAUACGAAUAUCGACGUGAGCGGAGAACCGUCGUUGCAGGGUCUCCUAUUCAACAGUACUAUCAUUGAAAAAGGAGGCAGAAAUAUCGGCAUAAUAGGCGUGAUUGCUUCCGACACCGAUGAACUGUCUACGACCACCGGGAACGUAAAAUUCUUGGCGGAGGCCGAAACGAUUAAUUUAGAAGCUGCGCGACUAAAAUCCCACGGGGUCGACAUCAUUAUUGUUCUAAGCCACUGUGGUAUAGAGCACGAUAAAUUGAUAGCUCAAAAUUGUCCUCUUAUCGACGUCAUCGUCGGAGGGCAUUCUCAUAUCCUUUUAUAUAAUGGUACUCCACCAUCGGGUGAAAAAGCUUACGACAAAUAUCCUAUUGUAGUAACGCAAGAAACUGGUAGAAAAGUCCUUAUAGUUCAUUCUGGUCCCUUCACCAAGUACAUUGGCGAUAUACGAAUCGUUUUUAAUGAUGUUGGUGAAGUCAAGUACUGGAAAGGAAAUCCGAUUUACUUAGAUCAAUCUAUAAAAGAAGAUGAAAAUAUCGUCAAUGAAUUAAAGCCAUGGAAAAUAAUGGUCGAUAAAGUUGGCAAGCAGCUGAUUGGCCGAACUAUGAUUUAUUUGAACAAUUCUUGCGAUUCUAAUGAAUGUAAUUUUGGAGAUUUCAUUACAGAUGCGAUGAUCGAUUAUUAUGCUGCACAAAAUGCGACCAUUGGAUUUAUGACCGCCAACAGCAUAUCUAAUAGUAUUCCAGUUGGUCCAAUUUUCUACGAAGAUCUUUAUGCAACUAUGGCUUAUGCUAAUACUUGGGAUCUAAUUGAACUUCGUGGUUGUGAUUUACUUCAGGUCCUUGAAGAAAAUGUAUCUAACGGUCUAAGCAAAGUGGGUUUUAUGAACCCAGAAUUGAUUCAAUGGUCAGGUCUAAAAGUUACGUACGAUUUGAAGAGAGAUCAUUCAAAACUAGUGAAUGUGCAAAUAAGAAAUCAAGAGUCAAAUGAAUUCAAGGAUUUAGAUAAACAAGAAUGGUACAAAAUUGUUGUGCCAACAUAUAUGCUCUCGGAUGCUUUUCCAAUUAUUGUCAAAAAACAUCGUAAAAUUAUGACAGGAAAAGAUCGUGAUUUGAAUAUAAUGAUAGACUACAUUAAACGAUUAAAAGUUGUUGAUUUAAAAUUUGAGCCAAGAAUGAUAUUUAUAUAAACGCGAUAAAAAAUUGAUCUUAAGUAAUAUUUUUUGAUAAUCUUUUAAAUUGAGAACUUUUUUCUACAUUGAAACCAGCUACGUGCAAAUAUCAGGUCAAUCUAUAUUUAACUGUGGUUGGAAAAGGUUUAUCAAAUUUCCUUUUCAUUAUUUAGUUAUGAAUGAAAAUAAAAUACAAUACAUAAAUUAAUUUAUUUUUUUUUAUAAUUUCCUGUUUUAUUCUAAUAUUUUGUAUAUAAAAAUAUACAUGAAUUAGAAGCUUGAUUGAUUACCUAGAGUCAGAACUUAGUUUUGCUUCAUACAUGCCUUCAAAAACGUUGGAAAUUUAAUCACAAGUUUGUAGGUGUACAUAUCAUUUUUAUGUAACCAUUUCACUUUAGAUAAAUAGACGAGUAUAGUUACUCGACCAACUUUUCUAUUAUCAUAUACUUUGACAAUUUUACAUAAAUAUAUUUUACUCUGAGAA